ACGGCGGCCGCACGGCAGGGGCGGGGCCGCAGCGCUAGUGGCGGCGGAGGCAGCCCGGGACCGCGACAUCGGGCCCGCUCUGUCUCGCUGUGUCUCCUCGGGCCUCGCCUGGACAGAUCCAGGGUCUCGAACACUUGGGCGCGCAGCCAUGGGCGGCGUCGGGGAGCCCGGUGAGGGACCAGGCCCGCGGGGAGCGCCGCUGCCCACCUUCCGCUGGGAGCAGAUCCGCUCUCACGACUUGCCGGGCGACAAGUGGCUGGUCAUCGAGCGCCGGGUCUACGAUAUCAGCCGCUGGACGAAGAGGCACCCGGGCGGCAGCCGCCUCAUUGGCCACCACGGCGCUGAGGACGCCACGGACGCCUUCCGCGCCUUCCACUCCGACCUCAAUUUCGUGCGCAAGUUCCUGCAGCCCCUGCUGAUUGGUGAGCUGGCCCCGGACGAGCCCAGCCUGGAUGGACCCCAGAAUGCCCAGCUGGUGGAGGACUUCCGAGCCCUACGCCAGGCAGCCGAGGACAUGAAGCUGUUCGAGGCCAAGCCUUCCUUCUUCGCACUCCUGCUGGGCCACAUCCUCGCCAUGGAGGUGCUCGCCUGGCUCCUCAUCUACCUCCUGGGCCCCGGCUGGGUGCCCAGCACCCUCGCUGCCCUCAUCCUGGCCCUCUCCCAGGCUCAGAGCUGGUGUCUGCAGCACGACCUGGGCCACUCCUCAGUCUUCCAGAAGUCUCGUUGGAACCACCUGGCCCAGCAGUUUGUGAUGGGGCAGCUGAAGGGUUUCUCCGCCCACUGGUGGAACUUCCGCCACUACCAGCACCAUGCCAAGCCCAACAUCUUUCACAAAGACCCUGAUGUGACCCUGGCGCCUGUCUUCCUCCUGGGAGAGUCAUCCAUUGAGUACGGCAAGAAGAAACGCAGAUACCUGCCCUACAACCACCAGCACCUGUACUUCUUCCUGAUUGGCCCGCCGCUGCUCACCCUGGUGAACUUCGAAGUGGAAAACCUGGCGUACAUGCUGGUGUGCAUGCGGUGGACGGAUUUGCUCUGGGCCGCCAGCUUCUACUUCCGCUUCUUCUUGUCCUACGCCCCCUUCUAUGGCAUCCCCGGGGUGCUGUUCCUCUAUGUUGCUGUCAGGGUCCUGGAGAGCCACUGGUUCGUGUGGAUCACACAGAUGAACCAUAUCCCCAAGGAGAUUGGCCAGGAGAAGCACCGCGACUGGGCCAGCUCCCAGCUGGCAGCCACCUGCAACGUGGAACAGUCCGUCUUCAACGACUGGUUCUGCGGGCACCUCAACUUCCAGAUCGAGCACCACCUCUUCCCCACGAUGCCACGGCACAACUACCGCAGGGUGGCCCCACUGGUCAGGGCUCUGUGUGCCAAGCACGGCCUCAGCUACGAGGUGAAGCCCUUCCUCACCGCCCUGGCGGACAUCAUCAGGUCCCUGAAGAAGUCUGGCGACACCUGGCUGGAAGCCUACCUCCACCAGUGA